GGCCCCGUCACUGGGACUGGCUGCGGAACUGGCGGAUCUGGGACCAUUUCUGUGACUAUUUCCCCAUCACGGUGAUCCGGGAGUGUCCCCUGCCCCCCGGGCGCAGCUACAUCCUCCCGGCGCACCCCCACGGCAUCUCCUGCAUCGGCAUCUUCGGCGCCUUCGUCACCGGGGCCCGCGGCGCCGCGGGGCGCGACCCCCGACCCCGCCGGGACCCCAAAUCCGACCCCCGACCCCGGCUGCAGCCGUGCCUGGCGGCGCUGGAGGGGCUCUUCCGGCUGCCGAUCUACCGCGAGUACGCCCUGGCCGCCGGGCUCUGCCCGGUGAGCCGGCGCUGCCUGGACGCCGUCCUGGCGCGGGGCUCGCGGGCGCUGCUGAUCGUGGUGGGCGGCGCGGCCGAGGCGCUCGAGGGCACCCCUGGGUGCCACCGCGUCACCCUGCGCCGGCGCCGCGGCUUCGUGCGCCUGGCCCUGCGCCACGGGGAGACCCUCCUGAAUUCCGGGGAGCUCCUGUUGGAUUUUGGGGAUCCCUCCGCUUUUCCCGCAGUCGGGACCCCCCUGGAGGUGCCGCGGGUGCCGCGCCCCCCGCCCGAGGUGGUCGCGCAUUUCCACGCGCUCUACGUGCGGCGCCUGCGGGAGCUCUUCGAGAGGCACAAGGUGGCCUGCGGGGUGCCCCCCGAAACGCCCCUGCUCAUCGUCUGAACCCCCAAAAUCCCCCCGA